AUGGGAGUGUCAUCUUUGUCGAAGGUGUUCGGAGAGCACUACCCUGAGUUCAAGGGCAAGACCAUUUUCUUGAACUUCCCUAGAGCAUUUGUCAAAGUGUUUCAGGCGUUCACGGUGCUUAUCCCCGAGCGCACGAGGCAGAAGUUUCUCAUUCUUGGAGACAACGACCACGCGACGUUGUUCGAGACCUUGAGACCCGAGUGUGUGCCCGAGGUGCUCGGCGGGAUGCUGCAGGACCCUCCGAGCGCGCUGCAGUGCCCGUGCCACGUCGUCACGAUCAAGGCACGCGCGUCCGAGGAGGUGGCCGCCGCGGAGGUGUCGGGCCCCGCGGCGGUGCUGUGGGAGCUGCGGGUGUGCUACGCGGAGGUGGCCUACCAGGUGGCCUUCGUCCCCGCGGACGGCGGGGAGGAGGACGACGUGCGCAGAACGGAGCCGAAGGACCCGAGACGGGGGCUCUGGACGGCAUCGUGUCCGGAGAGUAUUAUGCAAAGGUGCCCGGGAAGCUCGUCAUCCGCUUCCUGA